AUGUGGUGUUUAUUGGAUACGGGCAUGGAGCAGAUUGUGUAUGCCUGUACCUAUCGGUCGCAUAGUGGUGAUCGGGAGACAACUCGGAUGUUCGACUAUCUCAGUGAGACGGCUGACAUGGUCCAACGUCGGUAUCCUGCUGCCCAAAUGGUAUUUCUGGGGGAUUUUAACGCUCACCGCCAGGACUGGCUGUUCCCAUACCAGAAUACCGACCACGCCGGGAGAGAGGCGCUCAAAUUUGCCCUGUCGCUAGAUCUUACCCAGCUAGUCCAAGAAGCAACACGAGUACCCGACGUUGACGACCAUACACCUAAUUGUUUGGACCUUCUGUUGACAACUGACCCUGACCGGUCCUCGGUAUCAGUUGCAGCUCCCCUGGGCACAUCUGAUCACUGUGUGGUAAAGUCAGUAUCUAACUUUCACCCUCUGGAUACAGGUCCUACCGGAACCAGACGUGUGUGGCGAUAUAAGUCGGCAGAUUGGGAUGAGAUGCGACACUUUUUUGCAUCCUACCCUUGGCGGCAGACUUGCUUCUCUUCCAGUGAUCCGUCGAGUUGCGAACAAGAAAUAUCGGAAGUGAUACGUCAGGGGAUGGAGUACUUCAUUCCAUUUGCUGAUGUAUCACUAGAUGGCAAGAUCCCUAGGUGGUAUAAUGCAGAAUGUGCCGAAGCUGCAGCCCGUAAGGACUCAGCGUUUGCAGCGUGGGCUGAAGCCCGUACCCUUAAAUCUCCGGAUAUAACUACGAGGAAGAGAGCGUUCAACUCUGCUGCCAAGUCCUACAAAAGGGUUCUUAAAAAAGCUCGUUUCAACCGUAUUAAACGCAUCGGAGCCCAACUAGCUUCCCAUCCGCGCGGUAGUAGAGCAUUUUGGUCACUCUCCAAGUCGGUUGAAAUGAGCUUCUGCCGUCCCUCGCUGCCUCCUCUGCUUAAACCAGAUGGAUCGCUGGCCUUUACUGCGACAGAAAAGGCUAACCUUUUAGCGAAUCUGUUUGCAGAAAAUUCGCUCCUUGAUGCAGGUAGUGCCUCACCGCCCAAACAUCCACCUUGCGACUCUGUUAUGUCAGAACUACGCAUUCGCCAAACUGAGGUUUUGAGAGUACUCCGUAUAACACUGGCUGUACUAUCAACGGAUCUGCCCACAACAAACGCAGUCCGGGCCACAUCCCUGAUCAGAGCUAAGAUCACCUCAACCACAGUAGGACCUGAAGAAGAACCCACAGCUCCCGACGAUGAACAGGUGGAGACAACCGCGGAGGGGGGUGAAACAAACACCACAUCCAAGCUAUCGGGGAUUCCCCAAAUCGACUAUAUAUACGACCCCAACUUGCCCAGGGAACUGAACGGGUACAACCUGUCAGAAUAUCCGUUCUAUGAAGCAGUCCCACCACCAGAAACCAUGGAUUUCAAGUGUGAUGGUCUACAUGAUGGCUUUUACGCGUCCGUUGUUCAUAAAUGCCAGGUCUACCACCACUGCCUCUUUGGUACGAGAUACGACUUCCUGUGCGCCAACUACACAGCCUUCGAUCAGAAAACCUUCAUCUGCCAUUUCGUUUCGGAAGUCGACUGCAAGAAUUCUCCAAAUUACUUCAGCAGGAACGAAGCUCUCUACAAAGCUACCACAUCAGCGCCGCCACCGCCACCACCUACCACCACGACGACCACCACAACCACAACCCGACCACCUCGACCACCACGCCGUCGUCCCCACCCUCGCUAUGAAUAUUAUGAUGAUGAUUACUAUUACCCUAGAGAUGAUUACGACUAUGAAGAAAGAGGUGGACAAAGAGGGAGACCACGAAGACCUGGCAAGCGUAGACCUCAUGAUGAUUAUGAUGACAGAUAUGAAACAAGACCACGUGACGAAGCGGAUGACGAGUACGAUGACAGGGGAAGAGGCUACGACAGACCAAGGGCUAACAAAAGACCAUUCUACCCUGAACAUAGAAGACCUUAUGAUGAUGAAGAAAGAAGACCAUACAAAGGCGGUAGAAGACCAAAUAGACCAAGGGACGAAGAAGAAGAGAGAUAUAGGACUAGUGAUGAUGAUGAUAGAUCGAGGGGAGGCAAAAGAGGUGACUACCGUCCAAGGGAUAAGGGAAGGCCGAGAGAUGGUGAUAGAUCUGGUGACGAUAUGAAGUCAAAAGAUGAUAUAAGACCAAGAGACGAAAUUAAAGGAAAAGGCGAUUAUACAUAUAGAGAUGAAAUCAGACCACGCGAUGAAAUAAGGCCUCGUGAUGAAAUAAGAUCACGAGAUGAAAUAAAAGAAAAAGACGAAUUUACAUCUAGAGACGAAAUAAGACCUCGGGAUGAAAUUAGGCCACGUGAUGAAAUAAGGAAGCGCGAUGAAAUUAGGCCUCGUGAUGAUAUAAAACCACGUGAUGAAAUUAGGCCUCGUGAUGAAAUUAGGCCACGAGAUGAAAUAAGACCUAGAGAUGAAUUUAAGCCUAGGGGUGAAAAGAGACAAAGAGACGAAAUUAGACCACGGGAUGAAAGGAGGCCAUAUCGAGAUGAAGCAUACGAACAAGAUUCAAACACUAAAGAAACCCGUCCAAGGGAUGAUCGUUACCAAUCAAACGAAGGCAGGAGAUUAUACGAUAGACCUAACCGUAACAGAGAUGAUAGGCCUUAUUCAAAGCCUGACAGAAAUUAUGAAAGUGAUGAAAAAGAAGAAAAACGCCAACCUCCAACAGCUCCAGAAAUCACCCCUCUAGUGAAACCAAGCGGACAUGGUAUAUUCAGCAAGCCAAGGAUGCCACCAAAAAUUAAAAGACCAGUGCCACUAAGCGAGAAGGAAAAAUAUGAAUACGUAACUAUAACAACGACUAAAGCUCCUCCGAAAUCUGAUGAUGAAUAUUACGAUGAUUAUGAAGAAGAGGAUAUGAGAAAACCGCUCCCGUCAGCAAAAACAAGUACAAUCCAAAAACCGAAAUAUGAACCAGUUGUAAAAGAAAAAUUUAAGCCAACGAGACCUCAUUCAGCGUCAGCUGAUAAAUAUAAAAAGCCGACAAAGCCUAUAGACUAUGAAGAAGACGAAUACUAUGAAGAGCCACCAGCCAAAUCUCAGAAGUAUACAUAUAAUCCAAAAACUAGAGACGAACGUCCGCCUAAACUGAAGGAUGAAGAUUACUAUUACUAUGAUGAAAAAGAAAGAACUACAGAGAAACAAAAACGGAAGAAUAUUGAAGAAGAUAUCACUUCAAAGAUAAAAGAGGUCAGGCCAAAUGUCAAAAUUGUUAGACGUCCUUUUUUACCGUCUAGGGGUGGGAGUCCGUAUCUUCCAAGAGGGCUACAACCUGUAGCCGGAAAAGAUCUGAACUCACCACCCAGUACCACCCCUAAACCCACUUCUACUUCCACUACUACAACAACUACAAGCACUACAACUACGACUACUACCACUACUACUCCAAAACCUCCAACAACAACAGUCCCCAGUACAACAACGGAACAUAUAACAACAACAAUUGCGACAGAAAAACCAAUAAUCACAUCAGUGCCUGAAGAAGAAUACGAGUAUUAUGACGAAGAGGAUAUAGAAUACGAAUCAAAAGACAAAAAAGAACCCACUACAACAGCAGAAGCUAAACAAGCUGCUAUCAAAGAAGUUCCAACAACGACGACAACAACAACAACUACAACACAAGAAACAACAACAGAUGACAAAGCAAAGCUUUUAGCAACAAAAGUACUGAGAAACUUCAACGAUCAAUACGAAGCAAUUAAAGAACAACUUGAAUCAACUCUAACUCCUGGUGAUUACCUUAAACCGUAUUUAGGUCACACACCAACACAGUACAGAGAAAUAAAAACCAAGAAACCAGAACCAAGACCGGAAAUAUCUAAAGGUUACUCAGCAACUGGUAAACCUUUAAAAAUCCCAGACAUUAAACAGAAUCUGGCUGAUUCAGCUGAGAUUGACUAUGAUGAGACUCUUAACGAGGCGAUAGCUCUCAAACCGGUAAGAAUACCAAGUGGUUUUAUAGUUCCUUCAGACAGAGAUUACAGUUUUUCAAGAUUUAGAAGUAAUCUAAAUUCAGAACCUCAGUAUGCCGCUUCAGAAUUAAGUCACUACCAAGUUCGGAAACGGCCGAUGAUAUCCGGAGUUAGUAUACGGACACCGUCUUCCUAUUACAUUCAACCUCAGAGAGUAGUUUAUGAUGAUGGGCUUGUCAGACCACCAAGGCAGUUAGUAUAUCGACAAUUUGGAAAUAUAUUUUAAGGUUUUUCUUUAGGGUAACCUUUGAGAGAUGGUAAAACCUCUAGCCAUCAAAGGCGAUGCUGGCGGUUUUAAUAAAAAAAAAGAUAAAUGCAAUAUAAAAU